GCCCGUGAUGCGCAGACGCGAAGCAACUGCUGCCUGAAAAUACUGGAUCGGGGACUUUCCAGGACCAUGUGUGUGGCUGCCAUCUCUGAUUGCCUGCCGCGUUCUCCACCUGAAAACAUCACUGGGAGCCAAUUUGCUAGGUGAAGACCACAGAGCCCUUAAAAUAGCAGCCUGUCCCACCUAGUGCAUUUUGUCAGCCAAAGCCAGGGCAUCCCCCACGACAAAGGCACGGGGCACCUCUCCCAUCCUUCAGUGGGAUCCCUGGGGUCAGGUGAGGAACAUCAGAGGCACGGAGCCCUCCCUCUGGCCAUCAUGGAGCCCACAGCUGACAGCCAGCUGGAGGCAUCUACUCCUUCCAGCACAGAGACAGCAGAAGACCUUGCCUUGAAGCUAAAUGCUGCUAUAAGGGACAAUAAUAAAAAAGAUGUGCUGGAGCUGCUGGAGAAAGGGGCAGAUGUGAACUCCAAAGCAGAAAGUGGCUGGACACCACUGCAGAGCGCCGUGCAAGCUGACAACGAGGAUCUGGUCCGGCUUCUGCUGGACAAGGGUGCUUAUCCACAUGCCAGGAAGGACAACGGUGGCACUGCAUUUACUGAGGCAGCGAUAGCAGGAAAUGUGAAGAUACUGGAGCUCCUCCUUGAUCGUGGGUUUAAUGUUGAUGACCAUGACGACAAUGGCUUCACAGCUUUCAUGGAGGCGGCAUGGCAUGGGAGGGAGGAAGCCUUGAAAUUCCUGUAUAGCAAAGGAGCAAAUGUGAAUUUGAGGAGGGCAGUCAGCGAGGAGAAAGCAAAACUGCAUAAAGGAGGUGCAACAGCACUGAUGGACGCCUGUCAGGAGCGCCACUUCUCGAUUGUAAAAACUCUUGUCCAAGAGAUGGGGGCUGAUGUGAACAUUUGUGACAACAAAGAUAGGAAUGCCUUGAUCCAUGCUCUCAAGGGGGGUUGUACCAAGAAAAGGUACGAGUCCGCUGUCUCCAUAGGCCAUUUCCUGCUGGACUGCGGUGUUGAUGUGAACAGCAAAGAUGAGUGUGGGAAAACUGCUCUCAUCCUAGCUGUUGAAAUCCGGAGCCCAGAUUUGGUGAAAGCUUUAUUGGAGAAGGACAAAAUAGAUAUUGAUGAUGCAGAUGAGGAGGGCAACACAGCACUGAUGGUGGCUGUAGAGGAGAAUGAUUAUGAUAUGGCAAAGUUGUUGUGUGAAAAAGGAGCAAGGACUGAUGUUGGGAACCUCAUCGCUAUUGUGAAUAGGAACCGUGCUCUUGACAUGGCUCGUCUUCUUCGCCAGUAUAACACCAGGUUCAUUCCAGAAACCCUCAAAGACUGGGAGCCAAACAGCAAACGCUGGAGGGACCAGCUGAAAAAACUUUAUAAAAUAUAUCGCCCUAUGAUUGGCAAACUGAAGACGUUUCAGUACAUCCAGCAGAGAAUUCAGAACACUUCCCAGGGUGGCAUCUACCUGGGGCUCCAUGAUGGGACGGAGGUAGCAGUAAGAAUAAGCCGCAGUGCGGAGGGUGACAGAGAGAAAAGAUUCUUCGAACAAUGUAGUAAAUGUGAACAUCUACUGAAGCUCUUCCAGUCUGAGAAGGCAGGAGGCUACAUGUACUUGUGCUUCCCCCUCUGGGAGAAAAACCUUGAAGAACAUCUGUGGGAACCAGAAGACCAAAUGGAUUACAAAGAUGCUCUGAGGAUGAUCUUCCAGGCAGUGAGAGAGCUGCACUCCCUCGGAUUUGCUCACCAGGAUCUGCAUCCCAGCAACUUUUUCAUAGAUUUAGGUGGCAAAAUUUACUUGGCGGACUUUGAGAAUAAAAGACAGUUGAUUGAAGGCAAAAAAGAACUUGUAAACUCAGAUUUGGAGGCCCUUGGGAGGCUUGUGCUGUAUGUUUUAACAGGGGGUAAGAAACCCCUUCAGCAAGUCAGUAUGGAGGAUUUGGCUGCUGAUUCCCCAGAUUACAGGGAGGCUCUGGACCUUGUAAGUAGCUUGGUCUCUCAUGAUGAACGAGGCUUGGAAGGUUUGAGCAAACAUCCCUAUUUCUGGAGCAAACAGACCAGGUUCAACUUCCUGAAGACUGUAUGGAAUAAAAUCAAAGAUCUCAGCAACCGAAAAACUGUCUUUCAAGCUCCUAAUGUUACUGAAAGUUUUCCUUACCCAUCGUGGACCAAGGAGGUUGACACGUAUGUUCUGCAUAUCAUGAAAAAUCCUGAGAAAGGAAACCCAUACAAGUAUAGCAACAAUGUCAUCGACCUACUGAGGUUUAUCAGAAACCUGGAUGAACACCCAGAUAGGAGGAUCAGCAACAGAAUAGGAGAUCAUGCUGAGUAUUUCUUGAAGAUUUUUCCAGCGCUUACCAUUUACGUCUACAACAGCUUACGCCAGAAUCCUAAAUACAGUCACUUGGCAGACAUUCAGGACCCUUCUCUGUAGGAUGUCAUCACCUCAUAUCCCACAUCUGAACCCACCGUCACUGCCUCCUUUUAUUCCCUAUUCCUUCAUCUGCAAAAGAGUCAAAGAAAGUGGGUAAGGAGAUGGGAGAGAGCACAUGCAGGGACAGAGACAGACUAAGAAAUGAAAGAUGCUUCAGAAGUGUUUGGUGUAACAACCACAGGCUUUGAAAAGGAACCAAGUUGAGCGCCAGCUCAGGUCCCCCUUGACUACUUGUGUCCCUCUGGCCUUGUCUGCCUCUGAGGUGGAGAUCAAGGCCCUGAUCCUUAUGGAGAGCAGGGAAAUGUGGGACAGACCCCACAUACCCAAUGCAUCUGGAAGACGGGAGAAGAGCUCACCCAUUGCCAGGCAACACGGGAAUCUCUGAUAAAGAAAAAGGAGCUCGACCUCUCUGCUAAGGCCAAUAUUCCCCUACAGCUUGCACUGAUGAGCUGCUCCUUUACCCCUAGAAAGACAGGGAUUCUCUCUUUUCAGUCUUUUUGAAACACAGCAGCCAGAAAAUGAGAUGCCUAGGCAAUGGUCUGAAUCAUAGAAUCAUAGAAUCAUUUAGGUUGGAAAAGACCUUUAAGAUCAUCAAGUCCAACUGUUAACCUAACCCUGCCAUCCCACCACUAAACCAUGUCCUAACCACCCUAAGCACUUUGGCUGCAGAGGUGCCCUUGGCCCGUCAUCCCUCUG